AUUCAAACUACUUCGAGAUACUGAAUCAACAUGACGCUUACAAUGAGAAACCUUGUGCUCGCUGUUUUCUCUAUCUUCCUACAAGGUGGUUUCGUAAACAAGGCGGAGAACGUUAUGCUGGCAAAGCCCAGUAAACUCAACAGUGUUGUCUGGAGUGCCGAAUAUGCGAAUGAUGGUAACCCCGGGUCCAUACCGGCUAGAACCGGGUCCACUGUGAAUCCCUACUGGCAGGGGGAUCUACAGGGAUACUUCACUGUCCACAACAUCUCAGUUACGAGUGACGUCGUCUAUAGUUAUGGACAAGACCUGGGAAGUUCUUACGUUGGUGUGUCCACGGAUGACAGCAUCGACUGCCCUAACGCGGACAUCUUCAUCUGCGGCCAAUGUCCAGAAGUAGUUGGUAGAGGAGACACCUUCACGUUUACUUGUUCCCACCCACAACCAGUCAGAUUCGUGAAGGUCUGGAGAAACCUUACUGGCAUUUUAGUCAUUGCGGAAGUUGAGGUUGAAGGCACGCCCCUGAAAAGAAGUGGAAGCAAGUACAAUAAGGAGCUCAACACUAAAGUUACAAAACCGAUGACGUCUCUCACGGCUGCCUCCGCCAAUGCCUGCGGUCUCCAGUGUCACUUGUCCCAGCCUUGCCUGAGUUUCAGCUACCACCCAACAGCUGCUCCCAACUGUCUCCUGACAACAAACCCAGAGGAUGCUGGAACAGCGGUGGGAUGGACGAAGUACACCAUCGAGAAGUGUUCGAGCAAGAUCACCUGUGACCUGACAGACCAGUUCAAGUAGUACCAGAUCUAAUACCUUUUCAGUGGACGUUUUACUCUUGGCAUACAUUAUUUCCAUGUUAUGUGAUGUGUUGAAUGUACAAAUGGUACGUUAUCGUCAAGAUCCAGAUUAUAAUUGAUCUUAAGCAAUCCAUGCUUGUCGCAAGAAGCGACGCUGCCUUGUUUGACACACCUCAUCGUAUCCCAACUGCGUAGAUCGAUGUUCCGGGAUCUUGAUCACUGAAUUGUCUGGUCCAGAC